GUCAAAGCGAGAAAGGAGCUGCGGAGGGGAGGGAGGAGCCCGCGGGGGCGGGCACGGGGGCGGGCAGGGUGCGAUAUACCCGGGUGAGCGGAGCCCCCGGCGUGGAGCUGCUUCUGCCCAGUCCUGUCCCAGAUGAACCUAAUGGCCACAAGAAAAAGGAGUUCAUGGCAGCAUUACCCUGGAGGCCAAAUGGAGUCCAGAAUAUCUGCAGCUGCUGGCCUUCUGGCUGAGAAAGGUGUAGAAAUGCUAUUUGAGGAACUAUUAUCUGAUGAUGAUGACGAUGAUGACUAUCGGCCUCAGAAAGGUGCAGAAAAGAUGUUCUACAAAACCUUAUCUGCAGGUGCUGGCCUUCUGGCUAAGGAAGGUGUAGGAAUGCUAUUUGAAGCAAUCAGAAGGGGGAAUGAGGAGAAGACCAUGAAAGCCCUGGAAUAUAAGAGAGAUGAAACCUCCCAGGAGCUCAAAGAAACAGUGAAAGCCUUGCAGGAUUGUCUCAAAGAAUUACGGGAGUCCAGACAGCAUGAACAUGAGCUCUUCAGAGCAUACCUGGAGAAGAACCAAGGAAGGGGGAAUGAGGAGAAGACCACAAAAGCCUCGGAAUCGAAGAGAGAUGAAGCCUCCCAGGAGCACAUGAGAACACUGAAAGCCUUGCAGGAAUGUCUCAAUGAAUUAGAGGAGUCCAGACAGCGUGAGCGUCAGCUCCGAGCAAGGCUGGAGAAGAAACAAGGAAAGAAAGAGGAGGAAAAUUCAAUUGCUGAGUUGAUUAGCCAAUUCCGGCAGCUCUCACAAAGAUUUGAAACUCUGGAAGAGCGUUUGCAGAAAUCGCCAGAGUCAUCAUAGCAUGAGUUUCAGCUUCUCAGAGCAGACCAGGAGAAGUAAUAAGACACGGAGGAAACUGCCAGCAGCUUCUCUUUGAAUCACUUCCUGAUGCAAAACCAGGACAGGUGGUCAUCUCUCAUCUCAAGGAAGCCCUGAGGAAAGCAUUUCAACAGGACACGUGGAACAUCAAUGAGUCUCUCAUCCUCUGAAAAACUCAGAUGCUCUUCUGAUCAUAUAUGUCUCUUUUUUCUCAUUGUGUGUUAUGCAUGAAAUAUUAUUUUCAGCUUAAAAAUAUUAUUCUUAUCACUCUGCCAGUGUUACUAACACAAAACACCUCCUCUACAUAUGGAUCCAGCUCACCUGUAUAAGCAAACACAAGAAAGAACCCAGCAGGAAUUAUUGUCUCUGCUCCUAUUUGUCACAUCUCCUCUGGAGCUGGAGGUGCAGCCCCACCCUUGGCAGGGCUCAGGGGGUCACAAGCUCAGCUCCCACACAGAGAACUUGCAGAGCCUGUGGUGCUCCUGUCAGCCUCAGUGCCCAGAGCCUUUCUGGAACCUUCCCCCUGGAGCUGCUGCUUCCCUGCAGCCCGGGCCGUGGCCAGCAGCAGAACUGGUGUGUGCAGAGCAGCAGAGCCAGCUCAGGGCCCUUGGGCAGCAGGGGCUGGGGCAGCAGGACAAGCCAGCCCAGCCAGCCAGGACACCCAGCUGGGGAAAGGAUGUCCAGGGAGGAGAGCAAGGGAGCGUUUCUGUGCCUGCAGGUGGAAUCCAGAGGAAGCUGCUCCUGCAGGAACCAGCUCUGUCCAGGCCCCUGUGUCCCCUGUGCUGCCCUGGACAGAGUAGCUGGCACUGGGUGGGCAGGGGCAGCCUCCUGGAGCCAGGAGCAGGAGUUCUGCACUGUCACUGAGCUCCGUCUGCCCUGCCAUGGGAGCUGCAGCCUGGGGCUGAUGUGGAGGCUGAGCUCCCUCCCUGCCCCUCUGCAGCUGCUGAGCCCUUCAGGGCGGCCGGGGCUGUGGGGUGAGUGCCCCCAGGGCUGGAGUGUGGCUGUGACAGCCUGGUCAAAGAGCAAAAAAAUGGGAUUUGUUUUCUCACAAUGGACUUGUGAGAUUUCAGGGAGUUGUAGAGAAACAAUGAUAACUUGUUAGUAUAAACAACCUUCAGGUGGUGUUUUCCUACUCUCUUUUUCUGUUCUUCUCUGUUUGUGAGAAAAAUGUUUUGUUAAUUAACCAAUCGAGUAGAAUGUAUUGAACCUAGUUAUAAAAGAACUUGCAUAUUAAAAGCUGCUGCUGUUGUGCAAACCA